UUCUUUGUAUCAUCGAUCGGUCUUUGAAUUCCGAGUGUUUUGACUAACAAUGGAGAGUGUUGUAGGGUUUGUGUACGGCACCGCCGCGAAGAAGAUAACGGCCUUGUUGGAGAGAAACUUGAUCCCGGAGACGGUCUUAAGGCGGCUGGUGAGGUUGCUCGUGUCCGUACGACUCCGCUCUGGUCUCAAACCCACGGCCGAGCUCCAGCUCUCCGAGCUCCUCCGCUUCAAAAAAUCUUUAGAAGAGAUGCCCAUAGCGAUCAAGACUGAGGAACCAAAGGCUCAGCACUACGAAUUGCCAACCGCUUUCUUCAAGCUGGUUCUUGGAAGAAACAUGAAAUAUAGUUCUUGUUACUUCUCCACGAAUUCAACAAGCUUAGAUGAGGCGGAGGAAGCGAUGUUGGCGCUGUAUUGCGAGAGAGCGGAUGUGAAGAAUGGCCAGACUGUUCUUGAUGUUGGGUGUGGCUGGGGGUCGUUGUCUCUGUACAUUGCCCAAAAGUAUAGCAGUUGCAAGAUAACCGGCAUAUGCAACUCAAGAACGCAAAAAAAGUUCAUCGAUGAGCAGAGCCGGCAACUCGGGCUGCAAAAUGUUGAGAUAAUUGUCGGAGAUAUUAGCACGCUUGACCAUGGAAGAUUUUACGACAGGGUGUUCUCAAUCCAAAUGUUUGAGCAUAUGAAGAACUAUGGAGAUCUCUUGAAGAAGAUAUCCAUGUGGAUGAGGGAGGACGGUCUUCUCUUUGUUGAAUAUUUCUGCCAUAAGACAUUAGCUUACCACUUCGAGGAUGACAAUGACGAUGAUUGGAUGACAAGGUACUUCUUCACCGGCGGAACAAUGCCAUCAGCCAAUCUCCUUCUCUAUUUCCAGGAAAACGUGUUAAUAGUUGAUCAUUGGCUUGUGAAUGGGAAGCACUAUGCACAUACAAGUGAAAAGUGGCUGAAGAGGAUGGACAAGAACUUGGAAGCGAUCAAAGAGAUAAUGGAAAUGACUUAUGGGAAAGAAGAAUCGGUGAAAUGGAGAGUUUAUUGGAGGACUUUCUUUAUCGCUGUUGCAGAGCUCUUCGGCUACAACAAUGGCGACGAGUGGAUGGUUUCACAUUUUCUGUUCAAGAAGAAAUGAUCUCUUGUCUUGACUAAUAAGACAAACCUUCAAUAAUAUGAGAGUUUCAUUGUAAUAAUAAGAGAUGAAAUCUACGAUUUUGUCAUGCACAAACAUAGUAUAGUGAAGUUUUCAUUUUUAAGAUAAACUCCACUUGGAGUUGAUAUACAAAGACCCAUUUUUCAUUUUUCAACAAUCUUCAAAACUCAGAAGGAAAGUUUGCAUC